CCUUAUUAUAUAUACGGCAGAAAAUAUUAAUAAUUUGAGAUAAUUUAAUCUUUUGAAAGCUGGAAAACUUCACAUAAGGCAGUAUCUUUGUGACGUUAAACAAGAAAACAAUUAAUCUAACAUAAAAUCUUUAUAAGCUUGAAAGAUAGCAUUAUCAUGUCUCUCAAGAUUAAUAGUUGAUUUUUAUUGAUAUUUGCUGCUUUACAAUGAUAUAUGUCACAGUGCAUUGCAUAUAUUAUUUCCUAAUAUUGACAUUUUACAUUUAUUUGAAUGUUAACCUAGACAGUAUCUAUACAGCUAUUGUAAGAUGUCUUGGCUCUUUGGCAAAAAGAAGCACAAGGAUUCACCUCCCGAUUCUAGGGAUGAGCAAGAAGAACAGGCUUCUACUAGUCAGGCAGAUGAUUUUGUAGUAAUUGAAAAAAGAAGAACUUCAUUGCCACCUAAUGUUGGUGAAAGUGGCCAAGGUACGCCUUAUCCUAGUGGACUAUACCCAUUCAUCGGCGGAACGCCAAUGAAUCCCGCAAUGUCGGCUGGUAAUUUGCCAAAGCUAAGUCAGCAAGUGGAUGCUCCGCAUUAUCUAAGCGGUGUACCGUUUAAGUUAUGCAGACAGUUGGAAAGUAAUAUGAACAACGACUUGGAGAUAGAUGGCCUACGGAUUAAUGAAAUAUUGUCUUUCGUUGAAAGAUUAGAAAAUCAAAAUUAUGAUUAUGAUUUUUCUCUCGAGACAGGUGUCAUUACAGAAAUAGAUAGUAGGAAUAACGAAUAAUUUAAUAUAACUUUGAUUUUAAUAUAACGACAGUGUAAAUGAAUGCUUUAUGAAUUAGAGAAUCAAACUAGACGCGCACAUA